AUGUCCCUCAGAGAUGCCCUCAUGAUGCUUGAGAGUGAUAUUGGCGUCCGUGUGCUAGGAUAUGACGGAGUUCUGCGCCGACUCAACCCCGCUCGUACCGAAGUAGUUGACUACAUUCAACUCUCCGCCCAUCACGUCGAAGAAUUCGUCGCCUGGAAGUACCCUGACCAGCGCAAUAAAUGGGCCGGCGUCGACGGACUUGCAGUGACCGAUGAAGCUCAACUGUGGACUGUUCCUGAGUUCAUUGUCCCUCUCGACCCGAGCACGAUGGUCUCGAAGCCAAAGGACAAGACGGGGUUGAGGCCGCAGGCUACAGAUUGUCGGGGCCUUACAAUGUGA